CGGCAGAAAAGCUGCACAUUCUUACACUCUGGGUUACAACCUCACUGCAUCACCUCUAAAAAUUGAAGAUGGGGAAAAUUAAUGGAUGUCUCAAGUGCAUUUUUGUCUUCUUCAAUGUGCUUUUUGCAAUAGUUGGAUUUGGGCUGAUUUACGGAUUGCUACAGACCUCUACCCAUAAGGAGGAGUUCUCAUCACUUGAUUUGCCAGACAUGAUUUGGGGUUGGUUGUUUGCCAUCGGCGUCCUCGGUAUUUCCUCUCUGGGAAUCUUUGCUACGUGCUGUGAGUCAAUCAUCGGCCUCAAACUAUUUGCAAGCUUCAUGGGGAUUGGAAUGAUCAUCAUGUUUUAUGGUGGCAUCAAUGUAGCGACAGGAAGAAAUGAGAUAGAGACUGCCCUCCAGAAUGAACUACAAAAGGCCAACAUAAGAGAAGAAGUCAUUAGAAGUAUGGUUGAGAAGAUACAGUCAAAUUUUCAUUGCUGUGGAAUUAGGAACGCCACAGACUGGGGUAAUAAUAUCCCUGACUCCUGUGAAUGCAUUUCUUCAAAUACUGGAUAUGCAAUGAAUGGAAGAUCCAACUCACUUAGAUGCAAAUCCAAGCCUCAGGGAACCAGUGGCCCACAUGAAAUCUAUGAACAGCCCUGCUAUGACAUUAUCCUUGAACUUUUGAACCUUUUCUUUAACAUCCUGUUUGGCUUCUUCUUUGGAUUUGCUGUUAUAGCACUGCUGGGCCUGCUCAUUACCAUCUGCAUGAUUAAUCAGGUCAAAAGUGACGACAGUAGAGGAUCCAUGUACUUGAGGAAAUAUUAAAGGGAGCCACCACACCACAUGUCCUCUGGCCUUUGGGUUAUAGUGCAUCAACAGGAGUCGUGAUCAGGAUGUCACCUCGUUUUUAUUUCACUGUGUUUUACUCACAAAAAAAAGAGAGAGUGAGAAAAGAAAAAAAUAGUAAUAUGUGCUUUGUAAGUAAUGUCUUUCUUUUCCUUCCAGUUUUUUAACAUACCAAGCAUAGCUUUAAAAGCAAAAAUUUAUUUUCUGAAAAGCUUUGUAACUUUUUUGUUAUUUGAUGAUUUUCAGUGUUUAGUCAUCUUAAAUAGAGACCAAUUAUAGUAAAGAAAUUAGAUCUCAAAAUCGGACUCUCUGUCUCUCGAUUUCUUAUAAGUACCAGUGAAAAGUUUGGACA